GAGAGAGAGAGAGAGAGAGAGAGUGAGACGAGGAACAAAGUUGAGUGGAGAGACAGAGAAAGAGAGAGGGAGGAAUGAAGAGAAGACGGUGCUAGAUCAGCGAGACACCAGUGAGUGGCUGAGAGUACAGGGUCUCCGUCGAGCAAGUGACUGAAAGAGAGACAGCGAGAGAGAGUGGGAGAGAAGGACAGCAGCAGUAGCUGACACACUCUCGGCUGUCUUUCCCUGUCGUGUCAUGGAUUUGCCGUGACGGAUAGCCCUCCAGUUUGGACCAGCCGGAGCGCCCGUGGCAGAUCUGGAGUACUAGUUGGGAAUCCAGUUGCCAGUCUAAAGUAGCGGGAGCAACGUCCAAAAGGAAGGGAAGAUGCCUUCAGUGUCUCUCAGCUUGCCUGCGGCCCUAGCAGGUCCAGCCCGCACCUGGGUCUGCCUCUCCUGCAUGUUCUGGCCUGAAGAGCUGGAGGGGCUCCACUCACACACCUUCCGGGUGAAGACUUUCAAGAAGAUCAAGAACUGUGGUGUUUGCAAACAGGCCGUCAGCCAGGAGGGCCUCAUCUGCCGAGUGUGUCGUCUGACUUGCCACAAAAAAUGUGAAGUAAAGGUGUCUUCGGCCUGUGUCCCUGCCGCUAACUAUGAACUGGCACCUGGUGACAUCCCCCUGAAGCAUGUAGAAACAAUGGGCUCAACCAAGUCCUCGAAGAGCAUGGAGUCCCGACGCCGGCCUUCAAGGACUGUCAGUCUGCUGCAGGCCUUGGACGAGACCUACGAGGUGGACCUGCUGUACAUCACCGAGCGGAUCAUCGCCGUCUCCUUCCCCAGCUGUGUGGAGGAAACCAGCUACACUGCCAACCUCCGAGAGGUGGCCUCCAUGCUGCGCUCCAAACACCAAGACAACUACCUGCUCUUCAACCUCAGCGAGAAACGCUAUGACAUCAACCAGCUGAACCCGAAGGUGCUGGACUUGGGCUGGCCAGACCACCACGCCCCGGCCCUGGACAAGAUCUGCAGCAUCUGCAAAGCCAUGGACACCUGGCUGAGUGCCGAUGGUCGCAACGUGGUGGUAAUCCACAACAAGGGGAACCGCGGGCGGACCGGAGUGGUGGUGGCGGCAUAUAUGCAUUACAGCAACAUAUCAGCCAGUGCAGACCAGGCCCUGGACAGGUUUGCCAUGAAAAGGUUCUACGAAGACAAAGUACUUCCUGUGGGUCAACCUUCUCAGAAGAGGUAUGUGGAGUACUUCAGUGGCCUUCUUUCAGGACACAUUGAGAUCAACAACAAGCCCCUGUUCCUCCACCAUGUCAUCAUGCAUGGCAUCCCAGACUUUGAGUCCAAAGGAGGUUGCCGCCCUUUCCUCAAGAUUUACCAGGCCAUGCAGCCUGUCUACACAUCUGGGAUCUAUAAUGUACAGGGAGACAGUCAGACCAGUAUCUGCAUCACCAUAGAACCGGGUCUGCUGCUGAAGGGGGACAUUUUGCUGAAGUGUUAUCACAAGCGUUUCCGAAGCCCACAGCGAGACGUGAUAUUCCGGGUGCAGUUCCACACCUGCGCUGUUCACCACUUAGGAAUCGUCUUUGGGAAGGAUGAGCUAGACGAGACCUUCAAAGACGACAGAUUCCCAGACUUUGGAAGGGUGGAAUUUGUAUUUUCCUUUGGGCCAGAAAAAAUCCAUGGGAUGGACCACUUGGAGAAUGGCCCCACCGUGUCUGUAGACUACAAUACCCAAGAUGCUCUAAUUCGCUGGGACUCCUAUGAGAACUUCAACCAGCUUUGCGAGGAUAACAUGGACGACGGUAUACACACCCAAGGACCCCUCGACGGCAGCCUCUAUGCUAAAAUCCGCAAGAAGGAGUCCAUUGAGGUCACUGCCAACGGCCUCUCCCCCUCAGCCACAGAACACAUCCUGCCUGCAGUCGACCACACCCUUCCCGUCGUUGACCACGCCCUGUCGGUGAGCAGCGACUCCGGCAAUUCCACUGCCUCCAUCAAGACCGACCGCACCGAUGAGCCAGCCCUGGCCGCGGCCGCCCCUGCCACCCACAGAGCCGCCCCAGUGAGUCAGCCGCCGGUGGCCCAGGAAGAGACCACCGCCCCCUGCUUGGCUCCGGCCAUCCGGCCCAUCAGCCCCCAGGAGAAGCAGCAGCUGGAGCAGCUGCUGAGCGGUCUGGAGGGACCUACGCGUGGCCAGGGCUACCUCCCCCCGCCGUCGGGAGUGGGGCCCGGUGUGGGACCGGGAGGAGGGGGAAUGCUUCACCUGGUGCCCGCCCAGGUUCACGUCAACGGCCACAACGACAGCAUGGACAGGGAGACGGACAUCCUGGAUGACGACGUGGAGCUGCCCACCAGCCAGGAGGGAUACAGCAUAGACAGCCUGGGCACUCUGUCCUCGCUGGAGGGGCGGGCCACGCCGGCCGACCUCUACUACCAGGCCGAGACGGUCAUCAACGGUCGGGAUGAGCCGCCUUAUCUGGAAAGGAGCGCCCCGAACCGUCCCCCAGAGAACGUUGCCCCCGGCUCCCAGGGCAUGGCCCCUCAGGUUCCUGUCACACUGGUGCGCAGCCUCUCCUCAGCUCAGGAUUGGACAGGUGGGCCCGCCCCACCGGCCGACGACUACACCGUCAGCCCGAAUGGGAACCUGUAUCGCUCACAGUCUUUCGGUGCGGACCAGAAACCGCUCCCCCGAGCGCCGGCGCGCACCACCAGUAGCCGUGACGCCGUCCAGCGCGGCCUCAACGUGUGGCAGCAGUACGGCGUCCCGGAGGAGCCGGUGACGGAAGGCAUCAGCUUUGGCCCUCCUCCGGCCUCCGUGCCACAGCGGAGCCGCGACAGUCUGCCCCAGUUCCCCCACCAGCGGACCGCCUCGCAGCAGGAGAUAGAGCAGUCCAUCGAGGCCCUCAAUCUGCUGAUGCUAGACCUGAACCAGGUGCCGACGUCCCUGAGCGCUCACCCAGGAGACAACGCGGGGGUGGUGACCACACAGCCGUCCUUCUCCCAGAACCAGGCCAAGCCUGUCUACCAGGCCGACGCGGUCGUCUCGGGGGGCCCUGCGCCCAGCCUAGUCCAGGGCGUGCCAAGGCCCUUCCCCACCCAGCCGGUCACGCAACCAGAGCCUUCGUCCGCCCAGAGACCCGCGGCCAUCUACCAGCCGGGUCCGGAUGGCUUCCCCGGCGACCCUCCCGCCAAGCCGUCCACCGCGGAGGACCAGUUCCAGCUGAAGCCCGUAAACACGUACCCCUCCAGUACGGGGUCCCCUUCCCCACAGCCCCAAGAGACCCGUCUGAGCCCCAGUAACAAGUCCUCGUCAUCCCAGCCGAGGGAUUUUGAGUCCGAUGACGUGUUCAACGUGGAGGGCCUGGUGGCACAGCGUGUGGCAGAGUACUCAGCCCGAAUGCGGGACCGUCUCACAUCACCUCAGACUGAGCACCGCUGUCGCUCCUUCUCCCUCUCUGGUGUCCAGUCACGUGGAUCGUCGCUGGAUGACACAUCGGCGCCUCCGCACCGCCAGCGCACCAUCAGCGAGGGACAGCGCCCCAACGGCCACGAUGAAAGCUCCUCCUACGAAGCCCCGGUCCGCUCCCCCAUUCGCUGCGUGUCUCCAGAGUUCGUCAACACCAUUGCUAUGAAUCCCGGGGGGCGGCCCAAAGAGAGACACAUGCACAGCUACAGAGAGGCCUUUGAGGAGAUGGACGGGGCCCCCACGCCCACUGUUGGUGGUGAGGUGUUUCCCCAAACCCCUGCCUUCCCCAUGUCGCCACAAACCCCUUACUUCAACUUGUGCCAAGCUCGUUCCCCUCCCGGCCUAAUGAAGACACCUCUGUCUGCCCUGGGGCUCAAACCCCACAACCCAGCCGACAUCCUCCUCAACCAGAGCGGAACAGACACUGAAAGUAGUGAGGGUGAGGAAGAGCCGCGAAGCUACGUGGAAUCAGUGGCCAGGUCAGCAGUCGCCGGCGGGGGACCACCGUGUUCACCCGUGACCCUUACCCCUCCCGGAGGUACUUUGGCCUGGCAGACGACCCCUGACCCCUCCCCAACCCUCAACACCCCGCUGUCAAGCAGCAGUCCCAUUGAGAGUUCAGAGAGAAUGCAACAGUUGGCCGACAGCAUUCCCUCACAAGCGGCCGGUGACGCUGACCUCCGCUCGCCGUCUGAGGUCACUUCCGCGACCCCUGCGCCCGUCACCAGCCCCGUCCGCUACCUAAAAACCCUGGGUUCGCCGUCCCCCUUCCUCCAAGCCCAGGGUACCCCUGACCCCACCUACCAGACCUCCAGCUCGCCCGGCCUGUCCUACCUGUGCUCUCCCACCACCACCCACUCCUACCAGGGUCCCGGUGGCUUCACGGGGAGCUACACCUCCCCUGGCCCCAGCCCUCCCCAGGCCCAGCCGGAGGCGCCCGCUCGGGUAAGCCCCGUGGCCGUCCUCCCCUCGUCAGUAUCAGGAAGUCUCCACGCACUGCAGCCCGACAACCCAUCCCACCAACACUGGCCCCAGCCCGCGGAUCAGGGCGGCCAUGUCACGGCGCGCCAGCCCUCCCCGGCCAACGGCUUCAUGGAGUGUGGGAUCCCCGGGAUGGUAACGGCAGGAAGUCCCGUGUUGGGGCUCCACCACUACAGCCAGCGCGUGUCCCAAGGGACCCAGUCCAGCCCGGUGCUCAGCCGGCAGCCGUCCCUCACCCACAGCCAGCCCCUCCAGGGCAGCGUCCAGUCCAGCCCGGUGCUGGGCCGCCACUCGUCCAUGGGCCAGAUGUCACAGUGCAGCCCGAGUCUGGAUCGGCACCCCAUGCUGCACAGCAGCGGCUACACCACCCCGGACGAGAGGCACGGCGGAACGCUGUCCCGUCAGAGCAGCUCCUCUGGGUACCAACCACCCUCCACCCCCUCCUUCCCCCUCUCUCCUGCCGGCUACCUGGACGGGGGGAUGAUGGGGUUCAGGCAGGGCAGCCCGCCCCCCAUGGCUCAGCCCCAGCUGCCGGAGAAGAGGCGCAUGUCCAGCGGGGAGAGGCCCAACGGGGGGUUGUCAUACGGGACGCUGAACGGGAAAAUGUCUUCAUCCGUGACGGGUGGAGGUAGCCCCCCCAACGCCAGCUACUUUCACACACUACCAGACUUCUCCAAGUUUAACAUGGCUGAUGGGAGUCCGGACACAAGGCUGAAUGUGAAGUUCGUUCAGGACACAUCCAAAUUUUGGUACAAGCCUGAUAUCUCCCGUGAACAAGCCAUCAGCCUCCUGCGUGAGAAGGAGCCAGGUGCCUUUGUGAUCCGGGACAGCCACUCCUUCCGAGGGGCGUACGGCCUGGCCAUGAAGGUGGCGUCUCCUCCUCCGACCACGCAGCCCACCAAGAAAGCUGGUGACAUCACGAACGAGCUGGUGAGGCACUUCCUGAUUGAGACGAGUCCUAAGGGAGUGAAGCUGAAGGGGUGUCCCAAUGAGCCCUACUUUGGAUGUCUGUCCGCCCUGGUGUACCAGCACGCCAUGACUCCCCUGGCCCUGCCCUGCAAACUGGUCAUCCCCACCAGAGAUCUCCACGAAGAUGUGCCGGACGUUGCGACGCCGACCAAUCCGGCGGCUGAACUCCUUAAACAAGGAGCAGGGCAGAGGGCCCCUGCUGACUCCCAUGCAUGCAAUGUGCUGUACAUUAACUCGGUGGACAUGGAGUCUCUCACUGGUCCUCAGGCCAUCGCCAAGGCAAUCUCGGAGACAGUAGCCGCCGCAACGCCGCCCACCGCCACCAUCGUGCACUUCAAGGUCUCGGCCCAGGGAAUCACCCUGACCGAUAACCAGAGGAAGCUUUUCUUCCGGCGCCACUAUCCUAUCAACACUGUCACGUUCUGUGAUAUCGACCCUCAGGAGAGAAAGUGGAACAAACCUGAAGGGGGAACAGCCAAGUUCUUUGGGUUUGUGGCUCGGAAGCAAGGCAGCACAACCGACAAUGUCAGUCACCUCUUCGCCGAGAUGGAUCAGGAUCAGCCCGCCAGCGCCAUUGUCAACUUUGUAUCCAAGGUGAUGAUCGGCUCGCAGAAACAAUGAGCUGACCUUUGGCGUGACCACUGGCUGUUUUGGUGUAAUUUUUUUGUUUGUUGCUGUUUUCUUUUUUUUCUUCUUUUAACCACGGAGGAAAUGUAUGUCCUACUUUUGAUUUCGUUUAAUGCUUUCCUUUCAAACUCUUAUUUUGCCUGCAAGUGUGUAUGCAUGUGUGUAUGAGUGUGUGUUUGUGUGUGUGUGUGUGUGUGUGUGUGUGUGUGUGUUUGUUCUUGGAAGGACUCCUGUGUGGAGCAAACUAGGGAAUAGAGGAAGUGCAGUUUGUAGGGUGUGGCUGUGUGGGACGUUGGCAUUUGGAGACUCUUGUGAUCUCUCUAGCAGGGUAACACUAGAACAGGAAGAGGAAAUUAUUUCAGUGAGCAUGUUGUGUGAGUAAAAAAGAGAAGCAGUAAAGUUGUGAAGUAGAGGGCUAUCAGGCGUUUGGUCUGGUCAACCAAAGAUUUUAUUUACAGCAGCCAUGGGCGAAUAUGUGACUAUAGGUAUGUUUGAAAUGAUAUUUUGUUAAAAAUAAGGAAAAAAAGGCUGCUUAAUCAAAAAUGAACACUUCAUUUUCUUUCUUUAUCUUUCUAUAUAAGAGUUCAUGCUGUAUGUAUAUUAUUCUUAGUGGUUGCAUCUUUGCCUUCUUCGGAAAGCGUAUUCCAGGACAUUUUUGCAUGCUGGCGAGUUAAAUCCGUGUAAAUAUCGCAGAGUGCUUUCUGGGUAGUGUGGACGACUUAGAGACAGAAAUAUUUCUUAUUUUAUUUUUUAAAAGCUUUCUGUAAAAAUGUCAAAAGAAAGAAAAAGGAAAACCUAUCUUCUCCAUUAACCGAUACACCAAAUUAGUAAUGGGUGAAAACACUGUUCCUACGAAAUUUCACUGUUCGAUUUUCCUCCUCUUCGUUUUGGAUAGAAGUCCAACUAUUCACCUACACAGGGGUUUUAUAACCCAGUUAUGUCACUGGUGGCUGGAGUCUGCUGUUACCCUACUUUUAGACCAACUGCAAAGCACCCCUCUACGGAGAAAUGCAUGUUUACUCUGUCUGCCUUUAACAUUGCGAGUCCUCGCCUCUCGUGGUUGAGUGAGCGCCAUGGAAGGUCAGAGUUCUCUGGGUGUUGUAGAAGAGCGGAGAGAUUUCUGCAGACGAGAGCUUUUUACCGCAACGUGAUCAAGCUCUCGCUCUUCUCCUUAGGAAUGUUACAAGUAUUCUAUCCAUGCAUCCUUGUUAGUGUAGCUCUAGAGAGACCGCUGUCUUUAUAUGUCAGCCUGCCGAACUUGUAAAACUCACAUCGUACCUACAAGUAAGCUAUAUACAUAUAAAUAUAUACAUAUAUAAAUAUAUAAAACCUCCCAAAAAUAUUUAUUUUUUUGCUCUGUCGCUCUCUAUGUUAACUCAUAUUACUUGUAUACAUACCUGUAUAUUCUGAAAGUGUCUAAAAGAAAAGUACUACGAUUUCAAAAUUGCAAGACUGAACUGCAUCAAAAUAUAAGUGGUGUAACGUGUAUGUAUUUUAAAGCUUGUCACUGUUGUUUUGAAUGUUUUUCACUGCAUUACUUUGUUGCAGUUAUGAGUUUGUUAUUAUCGUCCUUUGGUAGGGGGGAGAAAAAGCAGCUAGGAAGUUAUUUGUUGAAAAAGUCAUGGAUUUGUACUAAAGUGAUGCCAACAUUUUUUGUUUUUGGCAAUAUAGACCUCCCUUAAAUGGAAUGUUCAGAGUGAAUCACUUCAAUGUUGGCAUGUGAAAUAUGAAUGCCCUGUAAUAGCAAAACAGUGAGAUGAUUGAACUGACUACUUCAGACUGACUGUGUAUUUUCUCUUCAUGUUUGGAGGCAAAGUAUGACGUACUUGAUUGUUUCUUGGAUUUAACAUUUCAGGUUUAGUACCACCUCAAUAAUUCUUUCCUGAGCAAUGAUUUUGUUAUGUAGGGCCUGCCGCUCUCAUUUAGUAAAACAAAGUUUGACUACCAAUUGUUUUUUACUGCAGUGUUUUAACUGUGAUUUUUUGACCUCCAGUGGACCAGAAAGCCUCAGAUGGGUAAUGCUGAGCAUUAAUUAUUAUUCACUGAAUGAGGAAGACUUGUCAACCUUUUUUUAAAGUAUUCUCUUUUUGCCAUUGUCAUUUUGUGAAUUUCCUCAUUCAAAAAAAAUAAGCAAAAGAAGCUGUACCUCAAUGGCCAAACAUAUUCCAGGUAACCCAUACAGAAAUCUAAUAUAUGGCCAUACACAUUAAAAGACUUAACAUAUAUUUUAAAAUGCAUGAUCAGAUAUGUUAAUUACAUAUUUCAAUCUGACAUAUAUAAAAACGGACAAUUCUUGUAUAUUUUGGCGUAUAUGUAUAUAUGUAAAUGCAUAUAUGUAUGUAUAUGUGUUGAUCAAACCAAAUGUAUGUUUGCAACAUAUAUGCUCAUAUAAGACAUAUACGGCAUAUACAUAUAUUGCCAUAUAUUACAUUUCCAUAUGGGAAGAAGGAAACAAAGCACUUAUAAAUGGGAUUCUUUCAUGUCAAAAUACACAGCAACAGUUUGCAUGUUCAGUCCACUUACCUCAGUGUUUUUUAUCAGCAGUUUUUUUCUGUUAAAAGUUGACUGACUCCUCCCACAGCUUCUUAGCUCCAUUCAAACAACCAUCAAUUAACUCCUCCUCAAUAAGAAUCCCUCACUUUUUAAAUUCACCGUAUUUAUUGUCUUGACACAGUCACAACUGUAAAACAAUAUGAGGCAAAACCAUAAUUGAUUAUGCAUUUUCUGUAUGAAAAACGUGUGAGAAAUGCUUGUUGGUUGAGUAAAUUGACCUCUACCACAAAACAUAUAUUAGUCUCCAAAUUGUUUUUUUUGGGCGUGUAAGAAAUCUUCUGUAAUGUAUGCCGACGUUGAAGAAAUAGCCCGGACUUAGAAUGUGUGUUGCUAUGCCUGUACAGAAGCUUAUGUAUUUUGGUUUUCUUUAUUGUAUGGCUUUUAUUGUUUAUGAGAAAAAAAAAUCACACAAUAAAAAACAAAUAGAAAUA